CAUAUCCUCUCGGACCCGCCUGACGAGUUGCGAGGCGUCUUACGACUGCACUUUGCCCGCCUCCCGCACUUCAUUCAUAAAGCUGUCCUCGUCUCCAGACUGGAAGAUCCAGUAAUUGCCAACGCCCGCGUUGGCAAUCAGGCCGCCACCGAAUCCAACGAUCGGCGUUGGAGAGCUGUGACGCGUCUUGUCCUUCAUGGUUCCCAAAUCAUGCGGGCCCCAGCCCACGACGUGUUUGAUUUCCUCCCGGCUCUUCUCAUCCGAUCCAAACCCCAGCAAUUGCGUCUGGAGACAGCCGAGCACGGCGACGCCCGCCCGGAUGAUGAUCCGAUCGCCCUCAAACACCCAGCAAUCCCACACACGACACAGGCGCUCCAAGUCCAGCCCGUUCGUGAAGAGAGAUCGGAACAUUGGCUCCCAGAUAUCCUCAUCCGACAGCCGGAGUGUCUCAUAGAGAUGGCUGUAUAG